AUGGGUUUGAAUGUUCAGAUGGUUAUCCUUGGAACCGGUAAGAAGAAGAUGGAGGCUCAGAUUCUUGAACUUGAAGAGAAGUUCCCAGGGAAGGCAGUUGGAGUGGCGAAAUUCAACGUGCCGCUGGCUCAUAUGAUCACAGCAGGAGCUGACUUCAUCAUUGUCCCAAGCAGGUUUGAGCCGUGCGGUCUCAUUCAGCUGCAUGCCAUGAGGUAUGGAACCGUCCCUAUUGUGGCAUCUACUGGUGGGCUUGUGGACACUGUUAAAGAUGGCUACACAGGUUUCCACAUUGGAAGAUUCAACGUCAAGUGUGAAGUUGUGGAUCCAGAUGAUGUGAUUGCAACAGCAAAGGCUGUAGCUAGAGCUGUUGCAGUGUACGGUACACCUGCUAUGAAAGAGAUGGUCAAGAACUGCAUGGACCAAGACUUCUCCUGGAAGGGACCAGCGAGACUGUGGGAGAAGGUACUAUUGUCACUAGAUGUUGCCGGAAGUGAAGCCGGAGUCGAAGGUGAAGAGAUAGCUCCUCUGGCGAAGGAGAACGUAGCGACACCUUGA